AGGCGGCUCGGGUCGGCCGGCGCCGCCAUGGCGGCCAUGAUGACGAACGUCAAGUGCGUGAUCGUGGGAGACGGUGCGGUCGGCAAGACGUGCCUACUCAUAUCGUACACCACGAAUGCCUUCCCAGAGGACUACAUCCCCACCGUCUUCGACAACUACAGCGCGAAUGUGAUGGUGGAUGGGAAGCCGAUCAACCUUGGGCUGUGGGACACAGCAGGGCAGGAAGACUACGAUCGGUUGCGACCGCUCUCGUACCCGCAGACGGACGUCUUCCUCGUCGCCUUCUCCCUCAUCUCGCGCCCCUCGUACGAGAACGUGAAACAGAAGUGGUUCCCCGAGCUGAAGCACCACUGCCCAAACUGCCCGUUCAUCCUCGUCGGCACGAAGCUCGACCUGCGAUCUGAUGGGACCACGGUUGCGAAGCUGCGCCAGCAGAACCAGACACCGAUCAGUCUGGAGGAGGGGCAGGAGAUGGCAAAGACCAUCGGCGCGACAAAGUACCUCGAGUGCUCCGCGCUGACGCAAAAGGGCCUCAAGAAUGUGUUCGAUGAGGCGAUUCGCGUCGUGCUGUGCCCGCCGGCGCCCGCCAAGAAGCCGAAGAAAAAGGGCGGCUGCAGUGUCAUGUAGCUUGGGCGGGGCCGCACGCCACCGCUCCCCCAGCCACCCACCCAUCCGACCCUCGCGUCCCUCUCCCCCUCCACACUCCUGACCCAUGCCACUUUGAACCCGGCCUUCGGCCCCGCCCACUUUGCCCCCCCGGGGGCUUGUUAUGUAUCGGUUCGGCGCCGCUCUCCAGCGGCCGGACCAGCCACGAGGGCCGGGCUUCCAUUGGCGAGAGCGCUGGAGGGCCAUGGGCACGCCAAUACGCCGCGGCGCGGCGGCGGUCGACUGUCUGCGCCCGGUCGUGAGAGGGCUACUUCUUUCACCAUGUACAAAAACACACGUACCGCAC